AUGAAGUACAUCGUCUUCGUUGCUCUCUUCGGAUGCUCUAACGCCUUCCUCUUCAACCUUCUCGGAGGAGGUGGCGGUGGCUGCUGUGCCCCACCACCACCACCACCAUGCGGUGGAGGAUGCGGAGGAGGUGCUCCAGCUGCCGGAGGUUACGCCGUCGCCCCACAAGCACCAAUCGGUGGAGGAUACGCUCAACCAGGAGGUGGAUACGGAGGAGCUGGAGGAUUCGGAGGAGCUUACCAAGCCGCCCCAGCCAUCGGAGGAGGAGGCUCAUACGCCGGAGCUGGACCAAUUGGAGGAGGAUUCGGUGGAGCUCAAGGAGGUUACGCCGGAGCUGGACCAAUCGGAGGAGGAGCUCAGGGAGGAUACGCCGGAGCUGGACCAAUCGGAGGAGGAGCUCAGGGAGGAUACGCCGGAGCCGGACCAAUCGGAGGAGGAGCUCAGGGAGGAUACGCUGGACCAAUCGGAGGAGGAGCUGGAUACCAAGGAGGAGCCCCAGCCCAAGGAGCCGGAUACCAACAAGGACCAGCUGUCGGAGGAGGAGCCGGAUACCAGCAACAAGCCCCAGCUCAAGGAGCCGGAUACCAGCAACAAGCCCCAGCUCAAGGAGCCGGAUACCAGCAACAAGCCCCAGCCGCCGUCGUCACUGAGCAACAACAAGUCGGACAAGGAUACCAACAACAGCAACAAGCCCCAGUCCAAGAGCAAGCCCCAGCUCCAGUCCAAGAGCAGGCUCCAGCUGCCUCAUACGGAGAGCAGGCUCCAGUCCAAGCCCAACAAGAGACUGUCCAACAAACCUUCGAAGCCGCCCCAGCUCAAGCUCAGCCAGCCGCCGAGUACGGAGCCCAGCAGCCAGCUGUUGCCGAGCAAGUCGUUGAGACUUCCGCUUCCGGAUACCGCCAGAGAUUCCACCUCAAGAAGGCCGCCAAGGCAUAG